AUGGAUGGCAGGAAAUCCGAUAGGAACAUCCAGGAGAAGCAGCCGCAGUCACAGCAGCAAAAAUGGAAGCGCAUAGACCAGAACGCCCUUGGUGAAGGUCAGUUUUUUGGCAAAAAUGUCCAUCACACUGUUGUUGUCAACGGCAGCAUCCGCUCUGUAUCGCGUGCCGGCACGCCGAACAGUGCGCGAUCGCCUUAUUUCCAUGACACACACAACCUCGCCGCUGCGAGCAUGUUCGAUCUAAACAACCUUGGUCCUGGCCGUCGCGGGAGCCAGAGCAGCCUGAACCUGAAGGCGGCCGCUUCCGACAUUAACCUGCGUGGCCGGUUCAGAGCCAACAAUAUGUCCUCUAUCAGCCUGACUGCCCCGAAUCCUGCCUUUGCUGCCCCGUCUUCGUCGCGCCCAGGCACGGCCAAUGGGCGGAGCAAGCCAUGGGUUAACCCGCUCGAUGUACACUUUUGUCGCAACACGCCGUCGGGCCCGGCAACUCCCAAGUCGCCGCUUGCUACAUCGCCGCUGCAGUUGCCCCCGACCCCAACCACCGACGAUGCAGAGUCCAAGUCGGUGUUCGGCGAGGAUGCCGAUAAGAUGGUCGAACAGGUGAUGGCAUCAGUCAACAAGAUGGAGGAGGAGGCGAAGAAGGCACGGGAGAGAGAACGGGAAUUGGAGAAGCAGAGGGAGACAGCUCGCUUGGAGAUGCAACGGCUCGAGAGACAGAAGUCGACCGAGAGCACCUUAUCCAUGCGGCGCCCGUCUGUCGCGCAGACCGACCCUGAGCCAGAUCCGGAGCCACUGCCCGCUCUGCCAGCCCUACCGGAUCCAGAACCAGCAGCAGCUCCGAAGGCCAAUCCUAACUCAAGACCGUCGAGUCGAGGCGGUCCGACUGCUCAGAUACGAUCCCCCUUGAUACACCAGGGACCUCCGCCAACUGACCCUCCUACACAAUCGCUGCCCCAACUGCCGGCUGCUGCGCUGUCUCGUCAGGGCUCAAAUGCCACCGUUCGACCUGGCACCUCUGGUUCAGCUGCAUCCUCCUCUGCGUCACAAGAGGCUUCCUCUCCCACAAUCGUAGCUCGCCCUUUCGGGGCAGCUUAUCAAGGCAUCACUCCUUCAAGUCCGACCUCAGGCAGCCCUAAUACACAGGGAGCUCCCAAGAAGAUCUACCGUCCGUAUCGGCCCUCGCCCCUUACUGGACCUAGCCUGCUGAACCCCGGACUCGGCGCAACCUCCCCUCCGCCUAAGUCCCCGCUCCUCGGCAAGGACUAUGUCGAAAGCCCCGUGCUGGGAGGUUAUCCGCCUUCGGCAGCCCGUGCCAACGACGAAGUCAAGACUCCCGAUGCCCCCAAGACGCCAGUCCAGGAGACGAAGGGUCUUGAGCCUCUCCUUGCGUCGCUGACUUCGCCCUCCAAUAUGACUUCACCUGCCACUUCGAUCCGCCGGCUGUCACUUGACGAGGAACCAAUCGACCAGUCUCUGCGGCCUAUCAUUCGCGAAGUGACAGCCAAGCGCGAAACCGUUCUUACACCUCGCCAGCACAGCCUGUCCAUGAAGAUCGAGGAAUUAGAAAAGUCGCUGCUCACUGCGCAACGCCAGGCGCACAUGUCGACAACAGAAGAGUCCAAGAGAGAUAGCAUGACGAGCAGUUUUUAUGACGAAAUGGAUAAGUUUGAUGACGACGACGACGGGCCAAUUUUGCCUGCCCCACUGCGAAUCCAUCCUGCGGAAAGGGAAUUGACAGCAACACCCUCGUCCCCUCGAACUGCGGCUCUAGUGACCGCGCCUGUCGCUUCGCCGCCGACUAUUCCUGCUACUGGGCCUGUUUCCUCACCCCCGACCAUCCCGGCUGCGGCGCCAGCAAAGCGACCGGAGAGUCCUUUCCGUAUUCCUGUAAGGCGUGGACCGCCCCCUCGCCGGCCAACCUUGGAUGAGUACGGAGUCUCUCCGAGCCAGGUCUCUAGGCGCGCUGGGACGGCAACACCGACUUCGCGCAGCGGCAGUUUUGAUGACCAUUCACGUGGCCCCAGCCUGGACAAUGGAUCACGCGGCGGCAGCAUUGAUAACUACUCUCGCAGCAACAGCCUGGACAACUACAGUGUACAAAACUCGCCAGCAUCGCGCGCUCAGACGCCCCAGCUGCGCCAUCCUAACUGGCGCCGCGACCCCCCGCCGGCGCCGUCCCCAAUUGUCGAGGAAGCACCGCCCCAUCCGCCCAACCCCAACGGGUUCGUGGAUACCGGCUUCAACUUUGAUUUUGGCCCCUCAGUCGCUUGCCCGGCCCCGCCAACUCCCGACUCGGCCAACUGGCCUUUACAGUCCUCUGUCCCUGAAAAGCCGGCAGCGUCUCCGCCCCGGGCCAUCACUGAGUCGCCCGAGGCGAUCCAGUCCAAUCACACUCGAGGUAGGCUGGCUAGGGCUAAUGUCCCGCCUCCUCUCAACCUCCAGUUUAAUAACUUCAACUUCUCCCCCGAUGCGCCUUCGCGCGAUCCGACGUUGUUUUCCCAAAAAAGUUUGCUCACUCCUCCUUUGAGGACUGCUCCCCCCCCUACUACAGGGUCCAUGGAAGUUGACUCGAGGCCGGAUACUUCAUCCCGCGCCAACGGCGUUGGCAAUGGGAGCGCAGGAUUAGCGGCGUCCCCGAGGCUGGUAUCGCAGUUCCCCCCAGAUGAUGACCGUGCUGCGGCGUUCAUGGGCAUUGGCGUUGCGCGCGGCCCAAGCAUCCGACAGGUUCGGAGACCGCCGCAGAGUCAAGGGGGAAGGUUGGAGAUGGUUGAUGAGUUUGGGACAGGGUUUAUUUAA